GGGUAUAAGUAUGCUUAAUCAUGAGGGCCCGAGAUAGAGAACAUAAACUAGCAACCCCAAAAGGAAUUAUUCUCUUUCGAACUGAAAAUUAAUUUGAUGGAAACCAGUCCUGCAGCAAAGGAGGAGCAGUCUUAUGAGGAGUUUGAACCCUUUUGCAAAUGGCAGAAACAUGAAGAAAAUGACAUUCUUCAGGUUCAUUUACCAGGUUUCAGAAGACAAGAUAUUCGACUUCAAUUCAACGAUGCGGGCAUCCUAACCAUCAGCGGAAAGCAAGGUAGUAGUGAUGGUGAUGAAACUAGUAGUACGACGACGACAGCCAUGCGCGGUCGCUUCCGAAAAGAGAUCAACAUUUCUGGGAAUUGCCGUGCAGACCAAAUUCGUGCCAAGUUUUCACGUGGAAUUCUUUCUGUAACUGUACCUAAGGAAGUUGUGCAGCUUUCAAAACAAUCAGCCCAAGAUUCUGAACAGUCAGCUCACAACUUAUUUGGCUUCCAAGGAAUUACCGUAUCGAGGCCAAAAAUAACAAAACAGAACGCCGUGAAAAUGGUGGUGGUUUCUCUGGCAAUGGUUCUGGCAGGGUUUGCAAUAUAUAGGUUGUGCAUUAUCUAAGAAAGAACUGUAAAAUAUAUCUCUACUCGAGUAUUAUGUUUAAGAUAGGCAAGAUGACCAUCAGAUCUC